AAAUACAAUUAUACUAUAGACUUGUACUUGUAAUGCUGAUUUAUGGAAAAAAUUUGUUGUGCCAACUUUUACUUAAUGAAUUUGUUACAUCCUAUUUAACGAAAAUUAGUUUUAGCUGUGAUUAUUUCUUUUUGAUAUUUUUAUACCAUUCAAAUUUUGCGUAAAUGAGAAAACACCUGCAAGUUAUCGCCAGCAAGCCAUCACCAGCAGCAGAAGUAGCAACAAUUGCGGGGGAAACAGCAACAAAAACUAGCAACAACAACACCGCUCUGAUGCCUUAGCGCUUGCGUAUUUUGUUGAUAUUUGCUUGCCAUCCGGGAGGAAAGAGGCCGAGAACGGAACCGAUGCUGCGCCUACUCGUCUCCAACUGCUGUCGCAGUAGCAGCGGCGAUCUGCUCAGCCGCCACCUGCUGCAGCCGACAUCACAGCCACUGCCACGCCUCCAGAAUGCCGCCCGCCUGAUGCGACAACAUUGGAGAGGUACGCCCCCGACGCCCACACCGCCCUCGAAUGCCACCCGCCUGCUACACACCACACGGCUGCUGCUCUGGGGCGGCGGCAGUCUGGCCCUGGGCAUGGGCGCUCGAUCAUGGUGGGCGGGGCGAGGAUGUGUGGUGCACUGUGAUGGUACGCGCCUGGCCCAGCGCGAGGUGCCCGAAAUAGACGUGGACGCGAGGGCAGAGAAGUUCGAUUGGCGGAAACUAUGGUCCUACCUGGAGCCACAUCUCUGGGAGCUAAUCGGCGCCGUAUGCGCCGCCCUAAUAGUGGCGUACAUCAACAUCCGUAUACCUAAUCUGCUCGGUUAUCUGGUCAACACUUUGGCCCGCUACGCCAACACCUAUGUGUCGGACACUAACUCGUUCGUGAAGGACGUUAGCAAGCCGGCCACCAACCUACUUAGCCUCUAUAUGCUCCAGUCGGGCUUCACCUUCAUGUAUAUCUACCUCCUGAGUCGCGUGGGCGAGCAGAUGGCUGCUCGGAUGCGGCAAGACCUCUUCAAGCAGCUCGUCAUCCAGGACAUAGCCUUCUUCGAUGAGAAUCGAACGGGUGAGCUGGUCAAUCGACUAACAGCUGAUGUCCAGGACUUCAAGACCUCCUUUAAGCAGUUCGUGGCCCAGGGAUUGAGGAGCGCUGCUCAGCUUAUUGGCGGCGGGAUAUCCCUCCUCAUGAUAUCUCCCCACAUGGCGGCCAUUGCGCUGGCCAGUGUCCCAUGCGUGGUGAUGCUCAUGUCCUAUUUGGGUCGGGAGUUGCGGGCGCUGAGCAAAAAUUCCCAGGCGCAGGCGGAACGGGCGACGGGAGUGUGCGAGGAGGCGCUGUCCAAUAUCCGGACGGUGCGUUCCAGUGCCUGCGAGUACCGGGAGAUGCAACUGUUCGAAACGGAGACGAAUGAGGCUGCCCGUUUGGCGCAAGAGCUCGGCUAUGGCAUCGCCAUCUUCCAGGGCCUGACCAAUUUCUUCCUCAACACACUAGUCCUAUCCACGCUGUUCAUGGGCGGCCAUCUGAUGUCCAAGGACAGCCUGACGCCGGGUGCUUUGAUGGCCUUCCUGGUGGCGUCGCAGGGCGUCCAGCGAUCCCUCGCCCAGGGAUCCAUACUGCUCGGCACAAUGAUCCGGGGCAUGAGUGCUGGCUCCAGAGUCUUUGAGUUCCUUGCCCUGCAGCCCCAGGUGGAGCUGUUGCGUGGCUAUGUGAUUCCCCAGGAGCGAUUGCACGGCGAGAUUCGUUUCGAGAACGUAUCCUUUGCCUAUCCCAUGCGACCUGAACAAGUGGUCCUGAAGGACUUCAGUCUGGUACUCCGGCCCGGUCAGACGGUGGCACUGGUGGGGGCCAGUGGCUCGGGGAAGUCAACCAUCGCCGCGUUGGUGGAACGCUUCUACGAACCGACGUCCGGCAACAUCAAGAUCGACGGGUACAAGCUCUCCGAUAUAUCGCCUUACUGGCUGCGCUCCAACGUCCUGGGCUUCAUCGAACAGCAGCCGGUCCUGUUCGGCACCUCGAUCCUGGAGAAUAUCCGCUACGGCAAGCCGGAUGCCCGCGAGGAGGACGUCUAUGCCGCAUCGCGUCUGUCGCAGUCGCAUGACUUUGUGACCGCCCUGCCGGAUGGCUAUGACACGCAUGUGGGCGAACGGGGCACCCAACUGAGUGGCGGCCAGAGGCAACGCAUCGCCAUUGCCCGGGCGCUGUUGAAGAAUCCACGGGUCCUCAUCCUCGACGAGGCGACGAGCGCGCUGGACGCCACCAGCGAGGCGGAGGUGCAGAAGGCUCUGGACACGGCUGUCCAGAAUCGAACCACUCUGGUGAUUGCUCAUCGGUUGUCCACCAUCCGGAAUGCAGAUCUGAUCGUUGUCAUGGACCAGGGACGUGUCGUGGAGACUGGAAAACAUGACGAGUUGAUGGCCAAACGGGGGCUGUACUUCGAACUGGUCCGCCAGCAGGAGCGAAGGGACAUCCAGGAACAGGACAACACCGUUGCCCACACCACGGAGCCAGCAAAUACACAUGCCAAGGAUACUCCAACGACCUUCAAGGACAUCCCACAACAGAGCCGGGCGAACACCGCCCACGCCUGACGACCGUUUUUGGUUUAGGAGCGAUUGUAGGAAAAUUUAUGAUUCCCUGUACACUUACACCUGACUAUUUAGAUUGUUUUUUCCCCCCUUCCCCGCCAUUCUCCUUUUAUUUUAAACAAUGACCAACAAAAACAAAGAAAACUAUUCUAAAAAAAAAAAACAUUUAAAAACAAAAAAAAAAUUAUAAAACUGGUAAGAGAGAUUCUAAUAUAAGUUUACAAUCAAAUAAACGCUGAAUACAGUAUUGUUUUUGUUACAA